AUGGGAACUUCACCUCCUCCGACCCCGCCAUCCAGGGCCCCAACGGAUGACGAGUGGCGAUUUGAGUCUAUCACCUCACCUUGCGAGUGGAUAGAGGACUACCGUCCAGGAGGAUAUCACCCCGUUCACCUGGGCGACGAUUUCCACCAUGGCCAGUAUAAGAUAAUCCGCAAACUUGGCGACGGUGCCUACUCAACGGUAUGGCUUGCCCGCGACACACGAAACAACAGAUAUGUUGCUCUAAAGAUUCUGGUGUCAGAGCUCUCAGGACCGGCAAGAGAGCUGCAAAUACUGGAACAUCUUGAUGCCGCAUCGCCGACGGAGAGCUCACAGUAUGUGACGCAGCUCCUGAGUACUUUCGAGCUUCAAGGCCCCAACGGCACCCACAAGUGUCUCGUAUUCGAACCUAUGGGCCCGAGUGUCAACUCGAUGGUUGAGGAGCUGCCCCAGUUCAACCCUCGCCGUUGGGAAAUGAAGGUCCGGUAUCCACCUCAGAUGGCCAAGAGUAUUCUCAAGCAGUCGUUGCAAGCCCUCGCAUUUCUUCAUGAGAAUGGCGUCGCCCAUGGGGACUUCCAGCCGGGAAACAUGCUCUUCACGCUUGACGAUAUUGACUCGAAACCGGAAGAGGUGCUUCGACAGCAGGAAGAUGUGGACAGUGGAUCGAUUUCCCCGCCUGUACAGCGGCUCGAUGGCAAGCAAGAUAAAUGGGCGCCCAGGUAUCUCAGCGUUGCGCAACCGUUGGUGGCCUUUACGCGGUACAGCGAAGGGUUCAAGAUCAAGUUGUCCGACAUGGGUGGUGCGUAUUUCUUUACAGACCCGCCGACAAAGCCCGUGACCCCAAUGGGUCUCCGGGCUCCCGAGCUGAUUCUCAGCGGCACCGUCAACCAAACACUGGAUAUCUGGAGUUUUGGCUGUCUUGUCUUUGAGCUCAUUACAGGCGAGCCCCUCUUUUGUGUUCCGUGGUCCGAGUCCGAAGAUGAUGACCAUCUGCUGUCACUCAACUCUCGGCUCGGCGCCCUUCCUGACGAGCUAUACAAGCACUGGAAGACGUCAUCGCUGUAUUUCACGCCCGAGAGAAAGCUGUUUAACUGCGAACUGGGUGGGGUUGCAGAGGGCGAAGAGCCACUGAUGCUAGAGCAGCCGUCAAUGGAGGAGGUCUUCGACCGGGCGGCCCCAGAGCUUGACGAGGAAGAGGCCAACGUUGUCAAAAAGCUCAUUCGGCGAAUUCUGCAGUACGAUCCAUCGAACAGACCCUCCCCUGCAGAACUUUUGUCCGACCCAUGGUUUGCUGGUAUUGACGUUGGCGGGGGCUCGGCACAGUAG